UUCGUAUUAAACCCAUUUAUUCAACAAUCACAUAUAUUUUCCCUUGUCUGAAUUAUCUGUAGACCAUUAUAAGAAAAUAUUCAGUGGCUAAUGUUCUUAUAAAUGUGUGUAUGCGCGUCACCGCGUUAAGCGUCACGUUGUACGUCAGUUUGAUUAGUGUUUUGAAAGAAGGUGGCUGGCUAGCAAGAUAGCCGUCGGGAUUACUCUUCAGCGAAGAAAGAAGCCAAUUUGCUAGCGGUGAUUUUUGUAAGGAGUUCCUAAUCAACGGAUCCAGUUGACUUCCCGAUUAUGAACGGUGACGCAUCCGGAGCGGACUACCCCCUGUACGGGUGAUGGCAGCAAGUUUGCAGUCAUAUGACAGUAACUCCAGUGACACCGAAAACUGGGAGCGGAAAGCAACAAACCGACCUCGCAAACUGUGCAAACAUUCGAGCAGCCAAGCCCGUGCAUCUCGAGUGGAGGCACAACAGGGGAACAUGAGCCUGCAUGGUGCCAGUGGGGGCUGCGACCGUUCACGUGACCGACGCCGCUCCAGCGAUCGCUCCAGGGAUUCCUCGCAUGAGAGAGAGGGGCAGCUCACCCCUUGCAUUCGUAACCUCACCUCACCAACUCGGCAACACAACAUAGACCGGGACCGUGAUGGCGGGCCAUCGUCAAGGCCCAGUAGUCCUCGACCUCAGAGAGUGUCUCCCAGCGGCUCCAGCAGCAGCGGGGUGGUGAGCAGCCGCAACAGCAGCCUGUCCAGCACUGAAGGAACAUUCAAAAGUUUGGCAGUCGGAGAGAUGGUUUUUGUGUACGAGAACCCAAAGGAGGGCGGAGCCGGCGCCACUGUCUGCAACCGAAACAUUCGGACGUCAGAGAGAGUUACGCUCAUCGUUGACAACACGCGCUUUGUGGUCGACCCGUCCAUCUUCACUGCACAACCCAAUACAAUGUUGGGCAGAAUGUUUGGAUCGGGACGAGAGCAUAAUUUCACACGGCCCAAUGAGAAGGGAGAGUUUGAGGUGGCCGAAGGAAUUAGUUCAACAGUUUUCCGAGCAAUUCUGGAUUACUACAAAUCGGGCAUAAUUCGUUGUCCUGAUGGAAUCUCCAUCCCUGAGUUGCGUGAGGCGUGUGACUAUCUAUGCAUCUCUUUUGACUACAGUACCAUCAAAUGCAGAGACCUCAGUGCCCUCAUGCACGAACUGUCCAACGAUGGUGCUCGACGGCAGUUUGAAUUCUACCUUGAAGAAAUGGUUCUACCUCUGAUGGUGGCGAGCGCCCAGAGCGGCGAGAGAGAGUGUCACAUCGUCGUCCUUACCGACGACGAUGUGGUCGAUUGGGAUGAAGAAUACCCGCCACAGAUGGGAGAGGAGUACUCUCAAAUCAUCUACAGUACAAAGCUGUACAGAUUCUUCAAGUACAUUGAGAAUCGAGACGUGGCCAAAUCGGUUUUAAAGGAGAGAGGAUUAAAGAAAAUAAGGCUGGGCAUUGAAGGUUACCCCACAUAUAAGGAGAAGGUGAAGAAACGUCCAGGAGGUCGCCCAGAGGUCAUUUACAACUAUGUCCAGAGGCCCUUCAUCCGCAUGUCAUGGGAGAAAGAGGAGGGCAAGAGCCGCCAUGUGGACUUCCAGUGCGUCAAAUCGAAAUCCAUUACAAACCUGGCAGCAGCAGCGGCGGACAUACCCCAGGACCAGCUGGUUGUCAUGCACCCGGGCCCCCAAGUGGACGAGCUGGACAUCCUGCCCAACCUCCCACCCAGUGGGAAUCAUUACAGCAACAACUACAGUAACGAGCCUGACCCCGACGUACCUCCCCCCGCUGUCUGAGGGUAGGGUCCGUCGACAAGGACGCCUCCCUGCCCCAUGACUGUCCCUCUCGUCCGACUCCCAGCAUGCUGCAGCAUGGAGUGCUAAGGGGCACCAUAACCAUAUUGCCUUGACACCUCCUUUGCAGCCUUAGAGAGCCAACAACGUGGUGGACUGGAAGACGUAAGACUGCUCAAAGGAAGGGUUCACUUUUAUUUGAUUUUUUUUUUUUUUUUUUUUUUUUUUUUUUUACUUGACCAAAGCAAUUUAUUUUUAUUUUGGAAUAUAGACAGCAAACACAUUUAUGGUAUUAUUAUUAUUAUUAUUAUUUACAAUGUCGCACCCUAAUUUGUCAGGUUUGGCUGAGCACUCUUGUGGUAUCAAUGUUUUCUUUCACCAAUCAUCUAUUUUUAGACUUUCCUGGGUGGCUUAAGGAAAAAGGAGGGUAGGGUGGAAGACUGCUCAUGGAGAAAAUCAUCACGUCUCACCUCUUUAGUGUCAGGACCUCCAUGUGUUCUCUUAUGUCAUUGGCUGGAUGUGAUAUGUGAUGUUACGCUCCUACCGCAGACAAAAUAUUAAAGCAGAGCACAGGCUGUUGUGCGCUCUCAAUCUUUUUGUGCAACGCUUGGAAAAAUGUUGUUUUAAAAGUCAUUCAAUAAAGAUGUCACAUAGUG